GAGAGAGAGAGAGAGAGAGAAGACUCAGACUCAAACACAUUUCUGAUGUCCACGCUCGCUGUGUUCAUCAAUCAUCUUCCAGGAUGGAUCCUGUGGACGGGAAUCUUCUUACCUGUCACCACUUUACUUCUGCUGAUCAUCACUGCGCUCAUCUACAAACUACAGCAAGUGGAGAAGGAGUUGUCGGUGGCUCGGGAUCCUGGAGUAACAGCAUCUCAGCUGUGUCAUGGACAGCGGUACAGAAGCACACGCACAGCAGGACACACCACACACACACGAGCAAAGGACUAACACUAUCUGAUGUUUAUACUCGUGAGACACUUGUGUGUGUGAACAACUGUCCUGACGUACUUUUCACAGUAAUGAUAGAUUUCUCAAAAGAAACCUGUUUGUGUUUCUUAAAGAUGAUGAAAUUCUGACUUGAGAGUACAGACAUACAUUUUGUGUUGUAUUUAACUUCUUAUUUCCUUAUCUUUUAUAUUCUUUAUUUUGUUAUUCAUUUACUUUAUUAGUUAUAGAUGGUAUUGAUUUCUAUCUAGUUAUCAUAUUCUAUACACAACACUACAAACUUAACAAAAUACAAAACCAAUUCUUAUGUGAUUUGAGAUGAAGAGUGCAGGAGAUCAUAAAGCUCCAGAAGACACACGUGUACACAUUCAUUUCUGUCUUGAGUGAGUAAUAACGUGUUAUAACACUGUAACACUUUGCAACAAGGUAAUAUUAGUUAACAUUAGUAAAUGCAUAAGCAAACACUAGCUGACAGUGAACAAUUGAGUUUUUCAUCAUGUAUUACUCUUUGUCAAUGUUACAUCAUGUUAAUACAACUCAUGUUAACAGUGACAAUGUUUGAUUUUAUUAAUGUAUUAGUAAAUGCUGAAAUGAACAUGAAUUGCUAAAUGCUGUAGAAGUGUUGUUCACUGUUAGUUCAUGUUAGCUAAUGCAUUCACUAACUGUUAACAAAUAAAUAGCACCUUAUUGUAAAGUGUUACCAAAAACACUAGACAUGAAAUAAAAUAGUCAGAUAUGGUCUAGAUGGUGGUCUAGUGGGUUAAACCACUGAACUGAUAAAUCAAAGGUUGCUGGUUCGAUCCCAGCAUCCACCACCAGUGUGUCCUUGAGCAAGACACUUUACUCCAUGUUGCUCCAGGGGGAUUGUCCCUGUAAUAAGUGCACUAUAAGUCGCUUUGGAUAAAAGCGUCUGCCAAAUGACUAAAUGUAAAGAUAUUCGUAACAUUCGUGUGUUUGAUUAAAUUGUAGGUUUUGUUUCUUAUUCAGCACGGAUUAAACAUUGGAGAAAUUUUG